UUCCCGUUGCGACGUCCCUCUUCAGAGUACGUAAGAAGCAAUACUUCUACAAUUUCUGGAAAACGUGGAUGAAUGUUGAUAUGGACAUGCAAAUAAAUUGUUCUACGCCCUACACAAUUGGAUAUUUGACAUUUUGCAUAAGAAGGGCAUCGUGAAACUAGACAUUUUCCUGUUCCCUCGCCCCUGUAAACCACCAGACUCACAGACAUGGAGGGUAAAGAAGAGAUCAGUGACACAGACAGUGGUAUCAUUCUCCACUCUGACUUCACAGUAGCCUCUUUGUCAUUGUGUGUCCCAGGACCUGAUAGUCCUGCCACCAUUAUGAAGGACGUGACCACUCACACCCGGGCCGUCAAGCUCAAGCACCAGUCACUGGAAGACCGACUAGAGCUCUGCCUACUGGAGCUGAAGAAGCUUUGCAUCCGAGAGGCUGAGCUGACUGGUCGGCUGUCUGCAGACUACCCUUUGCUGCCUGGGGAGAAGCCACCUCAAAUCCGCCAACGAAUCGGAGCUGCCUUCAAACUAGAAGAGCAGAGCAUCCCACAGGGAGCAGUGAACUCUGAGCUGAACUCUGUGGAAGCUGAGCUAUCCCUGCAGUUGCAGAUACACAAAGCGGUCCAAAGACUGUGCUGUGAGGAACACCAGAGCAAGGCGGUGAAGAGAAGCCGGUUACAGCAGUGCAAGCGUGAGGAGAAGAAAGUCAAACAACUGCAGGACACAGCGUUUCAGCUGCGCCUACAGCAUGGGCGGUCUUCACCACGGCCAGACUGCACCAGCACACAGAGAGAUCAGGGCACUUCUGAUGAUAGCUCUCUGUCGGAUUCGGCACUGCUCGACGAAGUAGAGGUGAUUAGUCAGUCAUCUCAACCAUCCGUGGAGCUCCCUCACCUAGGAGGACCAGUAGAUCCUCCCCAGCCUCCCCUUGACCCCUCACACCCCCCUGGGCCUAGCCCCCACGAGUCUCCCACUACUACUCCAACCCUGGAGGAGCUACAGUCUCUUUUCAACACCAGCCUGGAAUUGGAGCCCCCUCCCAUCGAGCACUCGCCCUGGACAGAGUCCAGUCUGGACCAGCCUUACCAGAAGACCAAGAAGAAGUCACACUCUGGUAGCAGAAAGUCAAGUAGUCCAGCCACGACCCCUGUGUUGCCUCCUGUGGACGCCUGUUGUAGAGACACGGCCCUGACACUGCAGUUCUCCUCCCAUCUCAAACUGAGCUACACCCAGUCCAACAGCGCCCCAUCCACCCCGGAGAUGCACCUUCGCCGCCAGCUCUCUCUCAGACUUCCCAACAGUGAGCCUCCGUUGAACCUGGAUAAGGAUCGAGGACGUACCCGUGUUCCCAGGAGGCUACUAACGGAUUACGUGGUAACGUCUCCAGGCGAGUCCCCUGUCCUGAGGGCAGGCUACGGAAAUCCCAUAUACCAUUCCAGCUCUGAGACUGAGGACAGUAACUCUGAACACUCUGCCCCAUCCUACACCAGUUCACCAUGUCGUGAGAUGCCUUGUGACCUGCCCAGGCAGUCUCAGCUCACCUAUAAGUACCAACACUCCAGCCCCAAUGACAAUCAUCGACCAAUGGCCUACCCCCCAGGCCCCGGCUUCUACCAGAACCCCCAGCACCAGUCCAACCCCAGCUUCCACAGGGGUUACUAUGACAACAGGAUGGUCUACCCUUCAGAGAUGGAUAUGACCAGGCUGUAUCAUGGCACCCCGCUCCCCUGUCACCCCAGCCAGUAUGAACACUGGUACGAGGAGGCCCCUUUGCACCCCCAGUGGGCUCUCAGGUCCCUGCCCCCUCACAUCAGACUGUCCCGCGCCCCUUCGCUCCGGGAGUACCCUCACCACCCAUCCAGAGGCCUCCCCCAGCAGGUGGUAAACGAAGAGCUCAAGUCGUGGCACCAGCGCAAACAGUUCAGACCUCGCUCCCUGGACAGACAGGGCGCGGCCAGGGUGAGGAGUGUACAGUCACCUCUCACCCAGCACAACAAGUACCCUGAACAGGCUCCCCAGAGACGUGUCAUCCAGAGGGCAGCGGACGGGUCCCCAGUGCAGUGGUUUGUGGAUGACGACUCUGAGAUCGUCAGUCAGGUGUAGGACUAUUGAGAGGGCCCCCAGUGCCACCCUCUCUCUGGAAAGCUCUGACCUCCCCCGGCCCACAGAGCCCUAUUUAUUCAUUAAUUUAUUACAUCACUGGACUUGGUGCUGAUAUGAGAUGAGAGAGAGCGAGAGACUGGGCAUAGUAUCAAAGAGGAUCUGAGGCUUUAUAUUAUUGACUUCAACAUGUUACCAGGGCAACACGAAAGUCAAAGCCACAAAGCAACAGACUACAACGUUCCCCUGGUGCUUCCCUUUUUACUGUGAAAGAGCCGCUGUGUUGAACAUUCUUUCAUGGUUAGUUUGUUAGCUGUUUUUUUGUACGGAUCUAUUGAUGUGUUAAGUACUAUCGAAAAUGUUUCUAAAAUAUAUUUAGAUAUUGUUUUUCAAAAAAGGAAAAAGUUUCUCUUUAGAAAUGAAUAAAUAAUUAAAUAAAGAUUUAUAAUGUUAAUCCUA